UCCCUCCAUCGUCAAAUUCGGCUUACAAUUCGUACGUAAUUUCUCCUCCCACACCAUCCUAUGGGGUGGCAACAAGUGCCGCUUCGUACCCAUACGUAUCCGAGCCUCGACAAGAGAGUGCCGCUCUACCAAUGUCCCCCCAUCAUUCUGCAACAGGAACACUCAACUAUCCUUCCCAAACUUCCUACGCAACUCGGCCUGAGCAAACCUGGUCUACAACGUCACCGCAUCCGUUGCAGCCUAGCCAAGGACCGCUGGGAUACGCGUACCGACCCCCUCAUGAUGUUGACACAUUCCAAUAUCCGGGAAGCACCAUUCCUAGAGCGGAUGAUGCUCGCAGUGCUUUGCACCUCGGCCCCUAUGAUGUUCCUCAGGAUACUCCCGACAAGCGUCCUAUUUCUAGCGAGGAGGCGAGUCCAGCCGCCAGUCCACGGGGCCGUAAUUUGACCCUACCUCCACUUCGAGCUGGCCCAACUCCUGCGGCCCCCUUUGCGUCUCACGUCCAGUCGCCAACAGAAUCUCACUAUGUACCUCCAGACGUUUCCGCAGUUCAAUAUUACACUACACAAAAUCACCCCCAAAUCCAACAUUCCCCCCAGCUUCCACCGCAAGCGGCGGUGAAUUACCGGUACGCUCAUCAGGUGAUGGAGGCUGGGUAUUAUCCGUCAAAUGUCCACCCACCCCAGCACCCGGCGUACGGAAGACGUGUCGGGGAUGUAGCCUCGAAUACGUCUUCGAGUGGCUCUACCUCCGUCACCCCGCGUACUCCUAUUAUCCUGCCCCCUCCCAACCACGAGAUGACACCCAAUGGCGGGAAGAAGAAUCCCCUAAGUAUCGGACAUAUCGUCUCCGACCGUGCAUAAGAGCGAGUGAUUUGUCUCGCUCUCGUUCAUGCGUUAUCUCGGGCGUUUCACGUAGUAUUGUGCCGACACGAAUGCUCCUGCAUUUCAUACCUGGGUUGAUGUACACAAUUUUAUCUUAGGAUAACAUUUUUAUUUUGACCGGAUGAAGCUGUUUUCACUGUAGUUCUU